AUGCUCUCGCGCGGCAUCCUCCUCGGCCUCGCCGCCCUCGCGGCGGCCGGGCCGUACAACACGUACGACGGCCCCGGAUUUCCGGCCUGCAACGAAGUCGCCGCCGUGCACGAGCCCCGCUCCGUCGACGAGAUGCAGAGCCUCGUCCGGGGCGCAAUCGCGGCGGGCCAAAAGGUGCGCGCGUCCGGGUUGGGCCACAUGUGGUACGACACCAUGUGCUCCGACGACCCCAACACCAUCAUCGUGCGCACCGAGAACGUGAACCACAUCUGGGACCUCGAUCUGGAGGGCGGGUCCGUGUGGUUCGAGGCCGGCGUCACGUUUAUUCAGCUGGCGGAGUGGCUGCACGAGCGCGGGGCUUCGGUGGGCUACACCCUCGUCAACUGGAACAUUACGCUCGCGGGGUCCGUAGCCAUGGGCGCGCAUCGCUCGUCGAUCCGCGAGGAUUCCAUGGUUGCGGCGGGCGUGUUGGAGAUGGAUAUUAUUGAUGGCCAUGGUGAGAUUCGUCGCGUUGUUCGCAAUAAUGACGAUGAUGAGUGGCUUGCUGCCUCUACCUCGCUCGGCUUGCUGGGCGUCAUUGCUCGCAUCAAGUUCAAGAUCUAUCCGGAUUUCAAGGUCUACGCCGAUCAGAAGACACUUGAGGAAGCAGAUGUGCUCAACGGAGACAUUGAAAAACUGAUCAAGCCGUACGCGACUGCGAAUCUAUGGUUCCACUGGCGCUACUACGACGAAGUCCCCGAGAGCACCAGCGACCAGCAGGGCUUCCAGAACACCUUCUCCGUCACGGAACUCGAGGCCUUCGCCGCCAAGACCCUCCUCGACAGCGGCAAGUACCUACCCACGUCCAACUUCAUCGCCGAGGAAAUCUUCUUCUCGCAGUGGGAGAAGCCCAACUUCCGUGAGAAGACGACGCAAAAGGCCCUCGAGAAAUGGCCCGUGUACGGCUGGAACUACGACGUGCUCAUCGGCGGUCUGUACCCGGACCAGCGGCCCAACUGGGAGUACGGCCUGCGCGCCUACACCCUCGAGCUGGCCUUCCCCAUGACCCGCGCCAACGAUAUGCUGCGCCGCGUGCGCCAGCUCUUCGACGACGAGGCUAAGAAGCUGCGCAUCAUGACGUCGACGUAUAGGAGCGGUAUCAACAUCAAGUUUGGCCGACCUUAUUACGAUUUCCUCGGCCAGGUCACCUUUAACACCACCAACGGCGCGGACUGGUCCCGGGGUGCCAUCAUGUUUGACUUCCUAGCUACAAGCCCACUGUGGGCGAUGGUCUCCGGUAUAAUGAGCCGUUCUGUCUUGAUUGAUGAGUUCCCCUGCCGCCCGCACUGGACCAAGAAUACCCGCGAGAUCUUUGAGCGCUCUGCUAAGAAUAUCGACCCCAACCACCUUCGCCGGUUCAAGGUUGUCCGCGAGGACUUUGACCCCAAUGAGAUUUACAGGACUGUGGUGGGUGAGAAGCUUGGCCUAUAUGACUGA